AUGGGCAUCAUAUCCACCCUGACACGCUGCAUGCGAAAAGCCCGCCUGUCCAAAAGACUCUCAACAACAAGCCCCAAACUCCACGACGAAGACUCAAACGAUCUAAUCAAAACAACAUCCGAAACAGCCUCUCUGACCCGCACAAGCAUGGACUCCACCUCAACCAUGGUGCAUCAUUCGGUCCACGAACCAGUCGUGCCGUGCGAGUCGCCUGCGAACCGUAUGCAGAUCAGGACAGAUAAUGGGAAUAUGCGGACGUUGUUCGAUGACGAUAGUACUGCCAACCAGAUGGAUCGUCCAAUUUUGAAAUUGGAUUGUCGGUCGCCUGUUGACACGCCGAGGAAGGUACUUCAGGGCCCUUUGGAGCUGGGGAGGGAUGGAAGUUUGAAUAAAGCUACUGAGAACAAAGCUGCACGGGGCAAAGCUACAGAGUAUGCUGGUGGUUAUACGGGAAAGAAUACUUCGGUUUGUUCGUCUGCGACAACGGCCCAGAAUGGCUUUGAACCCGAGAAAGGCGUGUCUGAGAAAAAGGAUAAGAGGUCUAUGUCAGCUUUGUUGAAGAGGCAUUGUGGGUUGAAUAUCCCGCGCUCGUCGAUUUCAAUUAAGACGUCGCGCAGUGUGCAAUCCCCGAGGGGGUUGGAUUCUGCUGGGUUUACGGAGGAGGAGGGGUUGGUGGAUAAGAAGGAUGAGAAGUGGGUGGAUGUGAGUUUGAAUGAGAAGAAGAGGAAUAGUGUAUGGGGUGGUGUUGGGCUUGGGAGGCUGUGGUAG